AUGGCAUUAACCGAGGCUAUUCUAAAUCUUGUUCAAGCAAUGGCUUUGGGAACAGCAGUUGCUCUCGUUGUUGCUCUGGUUGGUAUUUCAAUAUGGUUCAUUAGAGGAUAUGUCAAUGAUAAUAAGAAGAAACAACACUCCAAUGAUCUCCCAAAUCUACCUGAGGUACCAGGGUGGCCGGUGAUCGGAAAUCUGCUGCAACUGAAAGAGAAAAAGCCACACAAAACUUUUAGCAAAUGGGCUGAGAUUUAUGGACCAGUCUAUUCCAUCAAAACUGGUGCCAACACUGUUGUUGUGCUCAAUUCUAAUGACGUUGUCAAGGAGGCCAUGGUGACCAGAUUUUCAUCAAUAUCAACAAGAAAGUUAACUAAAGCAUUGAAGAUCCUUACUUUCGAUAAAUGCAUGGUUGCAACAAGUGAUUAUGAUGAGUUUCAUAAAACCGUAAAACGAAAUAUACUCACAACUAUUUUGGGACCAAAUGCUCAGAAACGACACCGUGGCCAUAGAGACAUCUUGAUUGAAAAUACUUCAGAAUACUUGCAUGCUCAUGUGAAGAAUUGUCCACUUGAAGCUGUGAAAUUCAGAACCAUCUGCGAGUCUGAACUUUUUGGAUUAGCAUUGAAAGAAGCUUUGGGGAAGGUUGUGGAAUCCAUUUAUGUGGAGGGGCUUGGAAUCACCUUGUCAAGGGAGGAGAUCUUUAAGGUUUUAGUGAUUGACCCAAUGGCGGGUGCUAUUGACGUGGACUGGAGAGAUUUUUUUCCUUUUUUAAGGUGGAUUCCAAACAGAGGAUUUGAAAUAAAAAUCGAGCAAAUGGAUUUACGGAGGCAGGCAGUGAUGAAGGCCCUGAUGAGCAAGCAGAGACAGCGAAUCGCUUCGGGAGAGGAAGUGGAUUGUUAUCUCGAUUACUUGUUAUCCGAAGCAAAAACAUUAUCAGAGAAACAAAUAAGAAUGUUACUUUGGGAGGUCAUUAUUGAAUCAUCAGACACUACUUUGGUCACCACAGAAUGGGCUAUGUAUGAACUUGCUAAAGAUCCAAUGCGGCAGGAUCGUCUCUAUCAAGAGAUAAAAAGUGUUUGUGGAUCAAACAGGAUCACGGAAGAAAAUCUGUCUCAGCUCCCAUAUUUGUCUGCUGUUUUCCAUGAAACAUUGAGAAAUCAUACUCCUGUUCCACUCGUACCUCUUCGAUAUGUACAUCAAGAUACACAACUAGGAGGGUACUAUAUCCCUGCUGGAAGUGAGAUUGCUAUAAACAUUUAUGGAUGCAACAUGGACAAGAAACUGUGGGAGAAUCCUGAAGAUUGGAACCCUGAAAGAUUUCUUGACGGGAAGUAUGAUCAGAUGGAGUUGCACAAGACGAUGGCCUUUGGAGGCGGAAAGAGGGUGUGUGCAGGUGCUCUUCAAGCGAUGUUAAUUUCAUGCACGGCAAUUGGUAGACUUGUACAAGAAUUCGAGUGGAGAUUGAGGGAUGGGGAGGAAGAAAACGUCGAUAACCUCUUACUCACCACUCACAAGCUCCAUCCGAUGGAAGCAAUCCUGAAGCCGAGAAAUUGA